AUGACAGAGAAGCUCGGCAAGGUCUAUGAGAAAACCUUUGCAGAGAUUCGCUCCUCACUGUCAGGAGACACCUAUGCCAAUGUCCAUGACUGGAUGCAGGCAGAGUACUUGGCGAACCCUGCCCAGCUGAUGUCUGAGCUGAAGGAGCUGGAGGGUGAGUGCCGGCAGAUACUUGGGCUCCCAGGCUCCAGCAACAUCCACAUCAGAGCACAGCGAGACAACUUGCAGAAGCUGAUGGUGUUCAAGAGAGGCUCAGAAGUGCAGCCAUUCACGGUGGCACUGGCCAUCGGAUCUGCUACAGUCAUGAGCUGCUUUCUGUUCGCAAUCUUCAGCAAAAGGCUCGACAUUCUCGCAGAGCACAUCACGGACGAAGAACUGCAAAGGGAGUUGGCCUUGCGCCUGAUGAAGACCCUUGUGCUCCACACGACGAGCUCUGGAGAUGACAAUCCCGACAGAAGAAUGCUUCAAAGCCUGGGGGAGAAGCGUGCAGCUGCGCAGCGCACGCAUCCGAGCCCCUUCCAGCACUGGUCUAGGGAGCAGCGCCUGCGCGACCUCAUCCGUGAGCAGAACGCAUCCGCGGUGUCAAAAGCUCGAGUGGGCACAGAGGAGAUGUCAGUGAUGAUAUUCCUGGACAGUGCAGGCCCUGAGACCAGGAAAAUCAUUGCGGCAGCCCACCAGAGCGAGGCGCCGCAGUUCACGGCGUUCCCGUUGUCGCUUCUCACCAAGGACUUCUUGCACCCGUAUUACCCGAAUCCAGUGCAACUUGGCACAGCCCAGGAAGAAAGAGGAGAACCCGGUCUGAUCCACGGCCAUUCCUGGGAGAAGGUCGAGUGGUGGGCCCGAAGGGUCUAUGGCAAACGGGAGCAUAAGAUCUCCCAAGUGAUCCAGGCUGGGCAGGUUCCAGCCGUCAAGAGCUCGACAGGCUGCGCGCCCUUCCGAGAUUCCGGCAAAGAACUGGAAAUCUACUGCAUGGCCCAGCUCAUGCAGCACGCCUUCGUGAAGAUGUUGCCACAGGACCGCUACAAAGAGCUCAUGACCAUGUGGAACAGUGGCCUGGUGUACUCGAAGGUCAUGCCCGCCAUCAUGGCGAAGCGCAAGGAAUUUGAGCCGAGGGAUCUCGCCUUCCUUGCCCUGCAAGACGAUCCCGAAGCUCUCAAGCGCCUGGUCAAGCAGCUCCAGCAUGAGCAGCGCGCCUGGCGGGUGUACUUGCAGAAGGCAAAGGCCUCCGACGACAUGCAGAGGGGCGACUGGAACGUCCAGGUGGCGAGGCAGCAGGAGCGCCUUGAGGAGGCCUGGCAGAGCCUCAGCAGUGCCUGGUGUGUCACGACAGCCGCCAAGGACCUCAGCACAGCCAUGCCACACGUCGCUGCCCACCGGCACAUGCUGGCAGAUGCGGCAGAUGCUGUCCAGGUCCAUCAAGUGGUUCAAGUGUUCGAGUGGAACAUUCCAAAGGCAGGUGGGGAAGCCUCCAAGAAGGCGGAAGAAGCUGCAAAGGCCAUCGCCCUCUCAUGCAGCACUGACCCGCAGAUGGCUAUUCACAUAGUGAUCCCGCCUUGCCAGCCAUGCUACGGGAAGAUGGACAGCUCAGGAGACGAAAGGGUGGAGAGCACAGCCAGGCAUGUGGAGCUGUGGCUGGAUCAACUUUCAAAGCCUGAGCACAAGCUCCUCAUCCGCAAGGUGAGGGUGACCUGGAGCGCGGAGACAUUUUACAGCCCAGAGCGGGAGCUUGCCUGGGAAGCAUGGAUCACACUGUCAUCCACGACCAGGGUGCCCAACAAAGCCAGCUCCUUCAAUCACGUGCUGGGCAACAGCCCACUUCUGAAGCGCGGUGCUUUUCCAGUUUUCAUCAACGCCAUGGCUCGGAAGGACUUCCGCAACUGGAAGGUGCCGCUGGGCGUCGAUGGUGCUGGAGGCUCCAACAACGCCUUGUCCAUUGAGCAGCUGCAGUGGUUCAGCGGCUCUGAGCUCCACUCACAGUUUUUGCGCCACCUCUUCAUGGGCUCCAGCUUGGGGAAGCAGAGCCGGGUUCAGGUCAUCGACAUGUUUCUUCUCGACGACCAGAAUGUCAUCCUGGAGAAUGUCACCACAUCCCUCUCUAACAUGUACAAGGAAAAGCUCCGACAGAAGACGCUGCUCUUGGAGACGGGGGUCGUCGUCCCGGAGGUUGGCCAGGGGGCGGGUGCACAGCACACAAAGCCUGAGUAUGACCCCAAGGACUUUGAGCUGUGCUGGCCAAGGGCAAAUCAGGAGCUUCCACUUCGGCAGACCACUGUGGAUCAGGCAGAGAAGCUCAAUGGCAUCUCCAUCACAGACUCCAGUGGUCAAGGGAUCCAGUGGUCCAGCCUUCAAAAGGCCCACAACGACGAGUUCUGCCCCAGCGGUGAGGCCUACAACCCUGCCAGCAACAAGAGGAGCCCAGAGUGCAGCACCGAGCCUCCAGAUGGCCUGCUGAGCACUGGAGUUGCCACGGACGACUUCCAGCUGAUCUUGGCACCUGACGGCUCUCUUUACGUCAAAGCCCUCAAAGACUCCUGCCUGGAAAGCAGUGCAGCACUGUUCCUGUGCAAAGGCACGUACAAAACUGGAGCAACCGCCAAGGCAGAGAAGGGCAAGCCUGGCUCCGCCUUCAUUCCCUCCGAGAUGAGCCAGGACACCUUGGUGGUUGUCGACUUGGGCGGCACCCGCUGUCCGAACGGUGCUCCUCCCAGUUUUCCAGUGCCUCUUGGAGCUGCCUUGCAAUGGUUUGCCGGCGCGCGUCUUCAGGUCGGUGCAAUUUUCAAGCACAAGGUCUUCGAGGUCGAGGGCAAGUUCAAGGUAGCCGCCACAGAUGAUGUCAUCUACCAGCUGGAUGUGAGCCGCAAAGAUAUGGACCCAAAGGCAGUGAUUGCAAAGGAAGCACUGUCCAGCUACGUUGACUAUAGCAAGCUCACCCAUCUCAAGGCAAUCCAGCGGGUGAAGUAUGAUGAGAGUGGUAAGGCGCUCAAGCAAGGCAUUCCCGCUGUUCACGCAUCCCAGUCAAUUCGUCUCAAAAAGGACGAAGUGUAUAAGAUGUAG